GUGGCAAGCAAACUUAGGACCGAGAAACUGACAUGUAUGCUCAGCUUGCAUUCAUUACUGUAGGAGGUUUCGUUGCCUCUGUAAUACAUGGCGACAACGAUGUGGUCUAUACAACGGAUAUGUGCAAAGCUCCUAACUUUACUUACUGGAAAGACUGCGGUGGCACCGACGCUGGCUAUUAUUUCAAUAGCGACAAGGGACGUUGUGUCAUAUUGACAGACAGUGGUUGCCCAAAUCAAACGUUGUUUCAGACGCGUAAACGAUGCGCCGACUGCUGCGGGUCAGCGGAAGGACCCAAGAAUUGCACAGAUGGCCCCAAAAGUCCUUGUAACCCCGAUCAAAAGGGCAAGAGAAGAUACUAUUACAACAUAACGACGGGCUUCUGCUCUCAAUACAACAGAUGCGGAAAAGGUCCCGAUUCACUCGAAGAAAAUUCUUUCUAUUCAAAAAGCUCUUGCGAGAGGCAUUGCAAGGGAUUUACUAUGGAGGACAAGAAAGCCGGAUAAACAGGAGCUGCAACAACGGAUACCAGAAAUAUGUCCAAGGCGAUUAAUGAUUUUCAAGAAGAUGUGUGGUAAUUGAUGUCGACAGAUAAGUCGCAAUAAAGGUGUGGACUUAACUUCA